AUUAUCCGCGAUACAUCAAAGUCCUCUUCCCCCAGAGAGAGAGAGAGAUAGAGAGAGCGGCGGUCGGUCGAUCGGUCCAUGAAAGGGAACCAGGGCGCGAUGGUGUUGGCUCCACCGAGCCCUCCCCCGGCGAACCCCGUCGCCCAGCUGCAGACGCGAAUCAAGGAGCUGGAGACUGGGUUCCGGGCCUGGCUGGCGAAGCAGCCCACCGCCGUGGAGGCGGCUAUCGUAACCGCCACCAGCGCCGCCCAGGGCGCUUUCAUCGGCGCCCUCAUGGGCUCUCUCACCUCCGACGCCUCCUCGGCCUUACCCACCCCACCUCCCAACGCUCCCGGCCUCAACCCCCAAGCCAUGGCCUCCCUCAAGCAGGCGCAGGCUUUUGCAGGUGGCCCGUUAGUGCAAGCUCGUAACUUUGCAGUCAUGACAGGUACUAAUGCAGGUAUAUCAUGUGUGAUGAAGAGAAUAAGAGGGGUGGAAGAUAUGCAAGGCAGCAUGGCAGCAGCUUUUGGUUCUGGAGCAAUGUUUUCAUUGGUUAGUGGCAUGGGAGGACCAAAUCAAGCUCUUAAUGCGGUUACUUCAGGACUAUUUUUUGCACUUGUUCAAGGUGGACUUUUCAAGAUAGGUGAGAAAUUCUCACAGCCACCAGUUGAUGACGUGUUAUACUCUGGCACAAAAAGAAUGCUAACAAACCUUGGCCUUCAGAAUUACGAGAAGAACUUCAAGAAAGGCUUACUCAGUGAUGCUACUUUACCCCUUCUCACAGACAGUGCACUCCGAGAUGUCAAUAUUCCACCCGGGCCAAGGCUUCUCAUUCUUGAUCACAUUCAGAGGAACCCUGAGUUGGUAAAAAGGUGAUGAAGUUAUAGGCAACAUUGCUCUUCAAAGUUAUGUUGACAAAGUAAUCAGACCAAACUCGGUUGACUGUGCCCGGCCCUUGUUUAAAUGAACUUAAAUUUGACUGUCACAGUUUCAUGAGAUUUGCAACUCACCGGUGAUUAUAUUAGGGAUGAAUUUUGACUAUCCAAAUUUUGUUCUCAAAUACUUCGAUACUUUUGAAGAAGAUAACAUCCUAUUCUGCUUCAUGUCAAA